GUGUGAUAAGUGGUCAUAUUUAUUAUUUCAUCAGUCUGUUCGAUUACUCUUUGUUAUGUUAACUUUGUUUCUUCAGCCAGAAACGUUAAAAGCAGCGCUCGAGAUUUUAGUGUGAAAAUUUCAUCUUUUCGAUGCGUCAGUAUCCGUAUACUAACGGGAUACGGUUGAUUUUGUCCCAGUGCUCACGCUGUUAGUGGAGUUCGUCGAGAGCAACUGCAACAACAACAAAAAGAGAAAUAAUUGACGACUUCGUCAUUCAUUUUUGCGAUAGUUGUGACGCAUGGCAAAAUGUUUGAUUGCUCGUGCCACACGCAAUUUUCCAAGAGCUUCUCGAUCAAAGUUUUAAACCAAUGGAAGAGUUUGCCAAAUUUGCUUUCUCAUAGCGAGGAGAUGAAUUGCAUCGAAAAGCGUGCGUUGUUUCUUAAACGCGCUGACACUUUGGUGCCAUGGAGCAGCCUGGAACGCUCGAAAUCGAUGGACUUUAUGUUUUAUCGUUGUGAGUCAGAAGAUGGCAUCAUGCAAGACGAUGAUAAACUGGAAUACUCCACGUGUGAUCUGUAUUUCAGUAAAGAUUUUACGGAUGUAAUGAACGCCUCGUUCUCGGAACGAUCCGACAUCGAAUCGAACUCCACCCGGGCGGAGUUGGACGGUUCCCUCAAAUGCUGGCGUGAAUCGCAGAGCAGCGAGCUGACGGAGAUGAAUCUCGCGAAGUCGUUAGCGAACCGCAUGUACUCGAACGAGAACUUGGAUCGAGUUGGCAGGAAUUUGCAUAAGAUCAACAAAUGGUUUCAACGUUGCAGCGUUGAUGAAGACGAAGACUGCAGACGGGAUUGAAAGAAAGGAAUUACGAAGUUGAAUUUUCCUUUCCGAAAUAAGAUUUUACGAGUAAAAUACCGUCUAAAGCAUAAGACAUUACGAAGAUCAAUAGUUGAAUGUAUCAUCCAUGAAUGUUGAGAUUAUUGAACCACCGAUGCUAGGGUUUGUUGGUUGAAUUAACGCAUUUUAUCGUGUUUAUUUUCUCGUUCAAAAUAUAUCUGUUAUCUUAUUUAAAUAUAGCAUGACGUUAGUAUUCUCAUUUUUAUGUUAAAAGUUUUGAUGACCGUCGAUUAAAAGACAUUAAUUUUA